UUUUGAGUACUUUUUUGAAGAAAUCAACAAUCAACGGUGCGUAUCUAUAUCUUCAAUUGUUUUCGUGUUCUUCAGUUUCCAAUCUCUAUAACUACACUAGGGCACGUUUGUUUUGAAGUACAAGUAGAAAACAUGAGCAAGCGGCAAGCGCCCAGUGAUUUCUUGAAGCUGAUUAUUGGUAGACCCGUUGUUGUAAAAUUGAACUCCGGAGUAGAUUAUCGAGGCGUACUGGCAUGUCUGGAUGGCUAUAUGAACAUUGCAUUGGAGCAGACAGAGGAAUACGUCAAUGGACAGCUGAAAAACAAGUAUGGUGAUGCCUUCAUCCGUGGAAACAAUGUGUUGUACAUCAGCACACAGAAGAGGAGAUGAGUUGACAGUGAGCAGAUAUUGAGCUGCGGACGGUGACCAGCCAGAUGAUCAUGUAGUAUGUACCUAGGUAGUCAGUGCAAGUGAGCAGCACGCUACACAGUAUUACUCCAUGGUGCUGGUGACUGAGAGUGAGUGUGUGUGGCCGACAUUGUCCAGCAGACCAGUUGCACGGUGUCUGUAAGUCCCAGGCCGUGUGCAAUGGCACGGGCAGUGUGUAUAUCUAGUAUUAUCUACAUUGGCCAAUACUGCUUCCAGUACUCACAGUACUCGCCGCUGCUGCAACUAUGCGUUCAUCUCUUGUACAUAGAGCUUUUCUUUCUCUUGCUGCGUGUGUGUGUGUGUGCGCGCGCGCGAUAGAGUUACUGCCAUUGCUGCUGCUGCUGUUCUGGUACUUGUAGUUCUAGUGCUGUUGCUCUAUCAUCCCAGAUUUCCUAGGGUAUUUCUGCUCUUCUGUUUGUACAAGCUGCGUGGCAGCUACUGCCGACUGGUGUUGGAGAUUUUUUAACACAAGCAUUUCCCUUGUAAAUACAUCUUUCUUGAUACGUAAACAUCCCUCAAGUGAGACUCUCUUUGACUUUGCCUUUCCAAGAUUUCUAAAUGACGGGUUUUCUUUCUGGAGAACGAUGCACACCCAUUGACAUUG